AUGACAGAAACCACACCUAUUGAGCUCCCUGUCAUUGACAUCUCCAACCCCCACGACCCGGCCGUGGGGAAGGCCAUGCUGGAAGCCGCUGCCAAGUAUGGCUUCUUGUACGUCAACAGCAAAGGGACCGAUUUCACAGUCGAGGACGUGGACCAUGCAUUUGGAUUGUCAAAGAAGUUCUUCGCAUCUCCGCCAGAGGAGAAGGAGACAUGUCGGAUCCAGCCAAAUAACCGUGGCUGGUCAGGCAUGCAUACAGAAACCCUCGACCCAGAACACCAGCGAACCGGCGACUUCAAAGAAGCCAUGAACUUUGGCGACUUCAAAGACGGAAAAGCCCAGCAACCCCUACCCCCCUCCUUAUCUCCCCACGAAGCAGAAAUCAACAGCUUCGCCGAACUCUGCAACAAAACCUGCAACCGGGUCCUAACCCUCCUAGCCCUAGGUUUAGAGAUCGACCCAACCUUCUUCACAACCCGCCACGACCCCAAAACCGGCCAAACAGGCAGCAUCCUGCGCUACCUCUACUACCCCUCCAUAACCUCCACCGCAACAGCAACCUACAACCACGAAACCGACGUCCGAGCCGGCGCUCACUCAGACUACGGCAGCAUAACCCUCCUCUUCCAGCGUCCCGGCCAACCAGGACUUGAAAUCAAAAACACAGAUGGAACCUGGGCGCCUGUUCCCAUCGUGCCUGGCACCGGUGACGGCACCGGCAUCGGCGACGGCAUCGGCACAAGCGAAGGCCAAUAUCCCUUCCCGCCAAUCCUCGUCAACAUCGGGGAUUUGCUUAGUUACUGGACGGAUGGGCUGCUCAAGUCGACUGUGCAUCGGGUUGUGUUUCCAGCUGCGGAGCGGCAGAGCCUGACUCCGCGGGAUCGGUAUACUAUUGUUUACUUUUGUCAUCCGGUUGAUGAGACGGAGUUGGUGCCUGUCCCCAGUGCGGUUGUUGCGGCGCAUCGGAAGGGGAAGAGGGUGGAUGGUGGGAGGGUUGGAUUUGGGGGUGGGGCGGGGGAUUUGGAGGAGGGGAAGAGGGCUUUGACGGCGCAUGGGCAUCUUAUGGCGAGGUUGGGGGCUACGUAUGCAUUUGAGAAGGAUGAGUAG